AUGGCCGUCACUAAGACUACUCAUGUGGAGGGCAACGGCGCCGUUCCCAAGGCCGGAGAUAAGGUCACAAUCGAGUACACUGGCUGGAUCAAGGACACCAGCAAGCCCGACAACAAGGGCAACAAGUUCGACUCUUCUGUUGGCCGCGGCGACUUUGUGACCAGUAUCGGAGUUGGCCAAGUCAUCAAAGGCUGGGACGAGGGCGUCUUGGCCAUGAAGGUUGGCGAGAAGGCCACUCUCGAUAUCACAAGUGACUACGGUUAUGGAGAGAGAGGAUUCACUGGCCAUAUCCCCCCACGAGCGGACCUGAUCUUCGAUGUUUACCUCAAGAAAAUCAACUGA